CCCGCCUGGUGGCAUGUGUCCAAUGCUGGGCCUCCAAUGGCACUCCCCACGCCGACUCAUGCCACAGCUGCAUGACGGAUGGUGCUCAUCAGAUGCCACUAGCCACCCUGACAAGCACGACAAGUGACAUCAGCGCCAGCCCAAGAUGGUCUCGAAUCUUGGGCGCGUGUGGCAUCCCAUCACGUGCUGUCCAUCACUCAUGUCUCGGUGCGACAGUCGCUCUGUUGAGCUUCGAGUUUCACUCUUGCUUGUCCUCGUCCUCUGUGAAAGUCCACAGACUUGGUGUAAGUCCUCAGCAGUGUAGAGUUGUAACCACCUGGGCAGGAUGCAAAUAACAACAGCCUUUUCGCAACACUUUCUGAUUCUACCUUAUCCAUUGAACUUGUCGGUGUCGGUGUCCCUCAGUGCGCCGAAGAACUUCCUUCUACAGCUUCUAGUCCCCGUAGUGGGGGCCUGUCCCGCACCGUUCAGCCUUGCGGGCAACGGAGCCAAGCAUGGAUGGCCCCACAUUGUCUCCGGAUGUCGACCAACGGGAUGUUGUCGCGAGGAAUACGAUGGACGUCUUCUCUGUGGUACAUGAGGUGUAGUUAGGGUUGUUAAGGGCUCGCUGGCCAUUCUGUGGACAAGCAUCAUGUACCUCGAGGCUGUAGAAAAAUACAGGGAUGGAGGCAUAAUGUCGGUGUUGGAUAGGAUUUCCCUCCUUACGCGUCGUUUUUCUCUUGGGGACUUUGGAUCUACUUGGAUUCACACCCCAGCAUAGCAUCGCCCGUUCGCGGUCAGAGGGGACGGAUAUAAAUCAAGUUGACCUGACUGCCUCAGAGAAAUAACAACCCAGACUCUCCCACAAACAACAGUGCAAGGCCAUCCCCGGCACGCCGGACUGGCCAUCACCAGCUUCUUGGAAGCGUCUCAAUGAGUCACUCGCCGGACGACUGCUACAGCCUCCUCCUCCAGGAGCUGUCUGCCAUCCCAAACAGCCGACCUACGACGCCGGAGAAUGUCCCAACCUCCUUGCCGACUGGUCAAAACUCGACUACCACCAUACCAACCCCGUCUCAACCUACUGGAACAACUGAAGCAAUGAUACCUGUCUUCCUUAUCCGGGUUAUCCAUGCAGCGGUCAGGGAUAUCCUCUCUUCGUUGUCAACGCGACCACGGCCCGGCAUGUCCAACUAGGUGUUCGGGUUGCAAAGAAACACAACAUUCGUCUCGUGGUCAAGAACAAAGGUCAUGAUUUUAUCGGCCGUCUCCAGUGCCCCUAAUUCGCUUUCGAUUUGGGUUCAUAGCCUGAAAGACUGGAAAUACCAUGGGGAAGGAUUCCGUCCUAAGAGGUGCAAGACCACUCUCCCGGGGACAUACCUGACAGCAGGCAGUGGCAGCCAAAUGUGGGAUAUCUACACCCGCCUUGACGAAAUGAACCAAACCAUUGUUGGCGGCGGUGGCAAAACAGUUGCCCUCGGUGGUUACCUCACCGGCGGUGGGCACUCCUUACUCUCUCCCUACUACGGCAUGGCAGCAGACCACGUUGUCGAAAUCGAAGCCGUGACCCCAUCAGGCGAAGUCAUCACAGCCAACUCUUGCCAAAACCAAGACCUUUUCUGGGCCAUCCUCGGCGGCGGCGGCUCAACCUUUGCAAUCCCUACCCUCUUCACCCUCAAAACCCACCCCACCCCCAGCCUCUCCCACCUCAACAUCCUCAUCAUCACCCCCCUCCCCAACACCUCUUCCAUCAUCUUCCCCCUCCAAGCCUAUAUAACCUCACAAUUCUCCUCUUUAUCCACCUCCGGUCUCUCAGGCUACGCCUUCCUCCUCCCCCCCUCCACCCCCUUCCAUCUCUUCCCCCACAUCACCAACGGCAUAGGCGGAUUAUUCAUGUCCUGCGUCGUCCUCCAAUCCUCCCCCUCCUCCUUCCCCCAAGACAUCCUCUCCCUCUGGGACCCCAUCCUAUCCCACAUCAACACCACCUUCCCCCUCUCCGCCAACAACUUCACCACCCUCACAAUCCCCACCUCCUACCCUUCCUUCCUUGCCUACUUCGCCGCCCACCACGACACAACCCCCGCCGGCACAAACAUCCUCCCCGGCGGCCGCCUCCUCGACGCGCCCGCCCUAACGCGCAACCUAACCGCCCUCUCGGAACCAUACACCUCCCUCUCCCGAGGCCCCCAGCCGGCGAGCAGCAUCAUCGCCGCACAUUUGGUCUCCGGACCAGGCGUGCACACCCACCCGAACCGGUUCAAAACCAGCCUUCUCCCCUCCUGGAGGACGAGCUAUCUCCGCGUUGUCUUCGGCGAGCCCUUCCCCCCCCUCAACGAAACCGCAAAAUCUGAGGCCUACGCACGAGUGCUGGGAAAAGACGAAGUCAUCAAACAGCUCGCCCCGGAUACGGGCGCGUACAUGAGCGAGGUUCGUCAUCAUAAUCUUCUUCUACAUAUUCGACUCCCCCACCCAAACAUUAGAUCAGCUUUUACUUUCGGAGUGAGGGGAUACCCAAUCGAAGAAAAAGGCUGGCAGCAAAGACUCUGGGGAGAAAACUACGACCGACUCAAACGCAUCAAGCGUACCGUCGACCCCACCGACGUCUUCUGGUGCACACCCUGCGUAGGCAACGAGCGCUGGAAAUAA